AUGUCCGGGUCGGACGACGUUCUGUACAAUUUCAAGAGCUACUGGGAUCGCACUGGCUGGGCUCGCCAUCCGCUGACGGGCCACCUCUCCUUCCACGACCGACGGCCGGAGGAGAUCGCCCAGUCACUUCAGACGUCGCUCUACUUUGGAACUCUCAUCUCCAUCUUUGGGAGGGUCGGAAUACCGGUUCGUACCCGAGACUUUCUCUCCGCAUCGUCGCCAAACGGCGAGGUCUUUGUUCGAACCACCAAGCUGCCCCACCUCGUCGCGGACUGGCUCCGGCGCGAGGGCGUCUCCAGCGAGCCAGCAGCGGUUGGCGACGUCAACGACCCCAGGUGGCAACGGGGUCAAAACAUUAUCGAGAUGCUCAACUGGGCCUUUUACUACUUGAAUAUGUACAGUCGUGAGACCCAGACCAUGGCGAAGGUGCACAAGGAGAGAAUGCAGUUGGUUGAACUGUCCAUCAAGGCGAUGGCCGAGAGCCUCUGCUCCGUGGCCUCUGCGAUAUACGGCUGCGAAAUUCGAGUAAUGCCGUCCUGGGGGUCAAGUCCUGUGCUGGCCGCUCGCCUGCGCGACAACGGAUGGUGCGACAGCGACUCGCCGUUCUUCCCCGAGUCCAUGACCCGCGCUUCCGUCAGCGCCGACUACUACUUUGGCGGGUUGCGAUGUCCCCGAGCCCGCGGAGACCAUUCCGGGUGUAGCACCGCCAUCUGCAACGAGUACUGCCGUAAGAUCACCCCCGGCGACUAUGAGCAGGUCCAUACGGCGGGCUGCCGUGGGUGCAAGUCUGAGCUGGUCCCCGAGCAAGCCAUCCACCUGGUCGAGAAGGGGCAGGUCCCGGUCCUGCAGUGGGACGGCGACACCAUACACGUCUCCGCUGGAGAUGACACGAAUGCAUACGUGACGGUAUCCCAUGUGUGGUCCGACGGACUCGGCAACAAUGACAAGGAAAAUUCGCUUUGGGCCUGCCAACUGUCCCGUAUCCAGUCGCUGGUGAACGAGCUGGGCCGUGGCAUGGAGAUGCCUGGGGCUGGGCAGGUCAGGGGCGAGGACGGCAACCGGCUGGUGCCGUUCUGGAUCGACACCCUCUGCGUCCCGGUGGGAGACGAGAACCGCCACCCUGGAGGCAACCGUACGCGCGAUCUGCGUAAGGAGGCCAUCGGCCAGAUGGCAGACAUCUACCGCCGCGCUCGGCAGGUGCUCGUGCUCGACUCAUUUAUCCUUUCGCUUCCGCGCUCUGCCGACGUCAUCGACAAGUACCUGCGGAUCCACCUCUCGAACUGGCACCACCGGCUGUGGACUAUGCAGGAGGGUCAGCUGGCUCGGCGCCUCGUCUUCCAGUUCCGUGACGGCGCCGAGUCCUUUGAGGACAUGAGGCGAGAGGAGAUGCGUGCCUUCGACCGCUAUGCACCACAAAACCUAUGCUCACCCCUCCGGCUCCUCUGCGCCGUCGAGCUCGAGGCCUUUUACGCGGGCGCGGAGUUGGGGGCCGACGCUGGCCGCGACGUGUCGGCGCGCAUGCGAUCGUGCGCCCGCUAUCUCCGCAGUCGCGAAACCAGCCGGUCCGAGGACGAGUCCGUCUGUGUCGCCAACAUCCUCGGGCUGCCCGCCGCGGAGGUCCUCCAGCGGGAUGGGGCCGACGCGCGCAUGGCCCGCUUCUACGAUCUCGUCGGCCGGUUCGACCCCCGCAUCAUCUUCCACAACCACCCCCGCCUGGGCCUGGACGGGUACCGUUGGGCUCCGCGGUCCUUUCUACGCCAGCUGCCCGAUCUCAUCAACGUCCGUGACACGGGAUUUCAAACGACCCCUCAGCUCUGCGCGCUUCUUCCCAACGGCGGCGGCCUGCCUGUCCGGUUCGGAGGGUUUGAGUUCAGCAGCGACGCCCUGCCUCGACCCGGCUCGCCCAAGCUGUUCAAACCUAUGACAGAUGGCCGUGGGUGGGCGCCGCGAUGGCCGGGGGAUACGAAGGUGGCAUGGUUUGCGUCCACGUACGAAAUGGUUGUUCAAGACGUGCUAGAGGAGACGCCGCCCCUUGGUCCUCGCCAGCGAUGGGCAGUCAUUUUGCCAGGAGUUUUGCAGCGAGACUACCUCCCCCCGCCACCGUUCCGGGCCAUCAUGGGCAUCAUCGACGCCGAUAUCCCGGCAUGUCCAGCCACAGCCAAGGAGAUACGACGGACCGUCUGGACCAGGCCAGAAGGCAACGUCCAAUAUCCGGCUUAUACCGUGCCCGGCAGGAUUCCAGUGCGUUACGUUUGCCGCGUCGAAAUCACUCUGGAGGGGCCGGAAACGGUCCCGCAGGAUGCCCCUUUCAUUUGGGUCUGGGCUUAUGGCCGCCAGCAAGAAUGGUGCAUACGCUGA